GUCAGGUGAUUUCUAAGGAAGCUGGAGAUUCACUAAAUGACACAAGAGAGGGGAGCCCGCCCAACCCGGAUGCAGAGAUCGUUUGUGGAGCGGUCAGUUGUGGGGGUUCAGCUCGCAUGAUAGGGGGUAUUUCAGCACCACUCAGGACGGACAGCUCCCGCGGCGUUCACCUUUAUUUCCUCGCCGCUACUGAGACCUGCUACACCCGCUGAGGACCGCGACACGCACGCACGAACCAGAGGGGUUUGGUGCAACAGACUGUAUGCCGGAUUUGACGCUGUUAAGGAGGUCAUUUGCAUGCCGAAUCUCGCCGGGUGUAGCAGCUCUACGUCGGUACUGACAAACGAUGGCGGAGUGUGGAAGGAGGGGACUGUCGCUCCUCGAGGAAGCGCGUUCUCGCUACGAGAGCCUGCAGAUUUCCGAUGAUGUAUUUGGGGAGUCGGGAGACGACAGCAGCGAAAACCCCUUUUACAGUACAACGGGAGACUCCAAUUCGGAUAACUACACGGAGACGAAUACGGUCGAUGCCAGAGCCGGUGAAACUAGGAGUCAGAGCUGCGGUCCUCCCGGGUCUGUUUCCAACGGCCAGGCGCAGGAGGAGGGAUGGAGCGACACGCUACUGGACUUCAGCGUGCCCCACUAUCAGGACACGCAUGGUCCGACGCAGAAAAUGCCAGCCAAUGCAACGGCCAUGGACUUCUUCCAGCUGUUUGUCCCUGACAACAUCAUUCAGAACAUGGUGACCCAGACCAACAUGUAUGCCAAAAAGUACCAGGAGCGCUUUGGAAGUGAUGAAGGAUGGACGAAUGUGACGCUGGCUGAAAUGAAGGCUUUUCUGGGUUAUGUCACUUCUACUGGCGUGAACCGUUGUGAAUCAGUGCUCAGCAUCUGGAGCAGCGGAUUCUUCAGUAAUCGCAGCAUCGCGCUCAAGAUGAGCCAGGCACGCUUCGAGAAGAUCCUCAAGUACUUCCAUGUCGUAGCCUUCCGCUCCAGCCACGGUGGCAGUCAGGGCCUCUAUAAGAUCCAACCCUUCCUGGACUCUCUUCAGCAGAGCUUCAGCUCUACCUUCAGGCCAUCACAGACGCAGGUCCUCCAUGAGCCUUUGAUUGAUGAGGAUCCUGUGUUCAUUACUACAUGUACAGAGAGAGAGCUGCGCAAGAGGAAGAAGAGGAAGUUCAGCCUGUGGGUGCGUCAGUGCAGCGCCACCGGUUUCAUCGGUCAGAUCUAUGUCCAUCUAAAGGAGGGUCCAGGUCCAGAUGGUUUGGACACACUGAAGAAUAAACCACAGCUUCACAGUCUGGUGGCCAAGCAGCUCUGUCAGAAUCUGGCUGGCCGUAAUGCUAUCAUCUUCACUGGUCCAAGCAUCACAAGUCUAAACUUGUUUCAGGAAUUUGAGAAGCAGGGCAUCUACGGCUGUGGGUUGCUGAGCACCAGGAAGAGUGAUUGUACAGGUCUUCCUCAGUCUAUGCUGAUCAAUACUGAGGCUCCACAGCAACGUGGCCAGUCUCACGUUAUGAUGAGAGGCAAUACGUCCAUAAUCAACUGGUACAACAAAGGCAACUUUAGGUUCCUCACUAACGCCUACUCUCCCACCAAAGAAGGGGUGAUCAUUAAGAGGAAGAGUGGAGAAAUCCCAUGUCCCCUUGCUGUGGAGGCCUUUGCUGCACACCUGAGUUACAUUUGCAAAUAUGAUGACAAGUACAGCAAGUAUUUCAUUUUCCACAAGCCCAACAAGACCUGGCAGCAGGUGUUUUGGCUGACCAUCAGCAUCGCCAUCAACAACGCCUAUAUUCUUUACAAGAUGUCAGAUGCCUACCACGUGAAACGCUACAGCCGGGCACAGUUCGGCGAGAGGCUGGUCAAGGAGCUUCUGGAUAUGGACGACUGCUCACCCACUCAGUGAAAGGAUUUGCAUGCGGUCUCAAACCCACCCAUGACAACGCAUUCAUACUAACAUGCUCAAAUACAAUCGCAUUCUGCACUUCAGGGUCAGUUCGAAUGAACAAACCCUAUACAUAUAGCAAAAUGUGCCAAGUCUGGUUGAAAAAGGGAUGUUUCCCAUCUAAACUCACAUUUGUAACCCCAUUUGGCCAUUUGACAAGUCUGUUUGGAUACUACAGGAGAAUUGUACAUAUGUCACAGUAACACUUGCUGCAUGAGAAACACAAUAACGUGCCCUUUGUAGAUGUUCAUUGAUUUUUAUCAAUAGAGUUCCAGUAAUAAUGUUAACGUAGUUUUGAACCCUAAGGUGUUUUGUGACUUCUCUCUGUUUGUGAGCAGCAUAUCCAACAUUCAGUACUGAUAAAUAUACUGUAUAU